AUGAUUCACCCAGCGCUCCUGCGUAUGACACGCCGUCAAUUCGGUGCAUUCUCGGCCCUACUUAAACCCGAGAGCGUGCUCACCGACGCUGAUGACACCGAGACGUACACGGUGGAUUGGCUCAAGAAGUACAAGGCGCAGAGCAGCCAUCAGAUGGUGCUCAAGCCCAAGACCACGGAGCAGGUCUCAGCCAUCCUCAAGUACUGCAACGAGCGUAACUUGCCAGUCGUACCGCAAGGAGGCAACACUGGUCUCGUGGGCGGCAGCGUGCCGGUGUACGACGAAAUCGUACUGUCCACUAGCUCGAUGAACAACGUGAUCUCGUUCGAUGAGGUGUCGGGUAUUUUGGUGUGUGAGGCUGGCUGCAUCCUGGAGAACCUGGACAACCACGUGGCCAAGCACGGCUACAUGAUGCCACUUGAUCUCGGCGCGAAAGGAACGUGUCAGAUCGGUGGUAAUGUCGCGACCAACGCUGGUGGUCUCCGUUUGCUGAGAUAUGGUUCUCUACACGGUACGGUGUUGGGUAUUGAGGCUGUACUAGCGGAUGGAACGGUGAUCGACUGCCUCAGCACCAUGCGCAAGGACAACACUGGUUACGAUCUCAAGCAGUUAUUCAUCGGUUCUGAGGGUACGCUGGGUGUAGUGACCAAGGUGUCCAUUUUAACCCCUCCUCGCUCUUCAUCCAAGAACGUGGCGUUGCUUGCAUGUGAGGAUUUUUCAUCGGUCCAAAAGGCAUUCGUUGAAGCCAAGAAACACUUAGGAGAAGUCCUGUCAGCCGUGGAGUUCAUGGACCGCCAGUCUCUCGAUAUAGUAUUAUCGCAACAAGACUGGACAAAGGAUCCCCUCGAGACGCCGAGUCCGUACUACGUAUUGAUUGAGACGUCGGGUAGCAACUCUGAUCAUGACAUGGAGAAGCUGAACGAGUACUUAGAAAAUGUCAUGGGCUCUGGCGUCGUUGUUGACGGUACUGUGGCUCAAGACGAAGCACAAGCGCGCAAGUUGUUCUUAAUCCGUGAAGACAUCACCGUUGCACUUGCUGCACGUGGAUAUGUGUACAAGUACGACGUGUCCUUGCCGAUUGAGCAAUACUACAAAAUCGCAGAGGAAACUCGGGAAAGACUCGCUCCAUCCGAUGCCAAGGUGGUGUGUUACGGCCACAUCGGUGACUGUAAUGUUCACCUGAACAUCUCAACGUUGAAAUACGAGGAACAAGUGUUCAAUGCCUUAGAGCCUGCUGAACACGGCAUUGGUACACACAAGCCCGAGUAUCUCCACCUGUCCAAGUCUGACAACGCCAUCAAGCUCAUGCAGCAGAUGAAGCACAUGAUGGACCCCAAGGGGGUUCUAAACCCAUACAAGGUGCUCCCAGAGGCCAAGUAA